CAGGCCUUCCUCGGGGAGGAGGCGGCGCGGAUCAAGAAGAGCCACGGGCUCUUUGACAGUUGAAGCGGAGGAGAGCGUCCCAGGACCGACCGCCGUCUUGGAAGGAGCCGCUGCACACAAGGCGCUUGGGCAACGAGGAGGAGGAGGAGGAGGAAGUGGGAACCGCGGCCGCGGAGGCGAGCUAGAGCGCCUACCGCUGCGCCCUCUAGAGGCUGUUAGGGGGGCAACGCAGGCAGAGAAGCGCGGAGAGGAGGAGCUGCACGAGAGUCAAAAGCAGCGGGCGCUCGCUCGCUCGCUCGGCUGACUGAGCCAAACCGCCCUCGCGUGGAAAGGAGCGGAGGCAGCCACCAGCCAGCCCCACCGCGCGCGCCUCCCUCGGCCUAGGUGGCCGGACGGCGCGUCUUGACCUAUGGGGAUACAGUUUAAGGAUGUGACCCGCCUACCUUAUUUGCAUAGAGCACGCGCAAUCUGCCGCUGUCCUUUUUCCCCCGUGGGGCGGGGGGCGAGCGGCCUUUCUGGAGAAAAAAAUACACCCUAUCCCGGGAUGACAAGGCGGAGGGGGCGGGGCUUCCUCGUCGAUGAGCCUGCUUGAGGAUCGCGGCCGUGCCUUCACGCGCGCUGCCUGCAAGAAGAAGGUUGCUGAAGAAGCAUGAAAACUUUGGUCAUUGGACUUGGAGGUGUAACAAAUGGAGGGAAAACAACUCUGGCGAAAAAACUUAAGAAGCUUCUUCCAAACUGCACUAUAAUUUCUCAAGAUGAUUUUUUCAAGCCUGUAUCGGAAGUGGCUGUAGAUGACCAUGGAUUUCUUCAAUAUGACGUUCUUGAUGCCCUCUAUAUGGAGAAAAUGGUGAUGAACAUACGGUCUUGGAUGACAAAACCAGAAGACGCUGCAUUGAUGAGACCACCCAAAGGUGUGCAUGAUGAUCAAAAAGGAACAGAAGAUAUUUGUGUCUUAAUUGUUGAAGGCUUUCUUCUGUAUAACUACAAGCCUCUCAGUGAUAUAUGGAAUAAAAAGUAUUUCCUAACGAUUCCUUACGAAGAGUGCAAAAGAAGGAGAAGCCAUAGAGUUUAUGACCCACCAGACCCACCAGGGUACUUCGAUGGACACGUGUGGCCCAUGUAUCUGAAGCACAAAAGAGAAGUGGAAGAAAAUGAGACUGACGUUGUUUAUUUGGAUGGAAUGCAAUCACAGGAGGAUCUGUGCUCAAAGAUAUAUAAUGACAUAGCUCAAGAAACCAAAAAAGCAGGUGAAUGAGGCUCUGUUAUGUUUAUCUGGAGUGGUGCUCAUCGAUGGGAACAAGAACUAACCUCAUUUUACAAACUCUUUUAUAUCUUAUGGCUAAAAGGAUUUUUUAAGAAACAAAAGCAGCA